AAAAUAAAAUUCCGCGAUCCUUCUUCUCCAACCGCCGAAGAAAAACCAGUUUACUUUUCUUUCUUCACGAAAGUUCAUAUAUUUUCCCGGAAAACAUCUCUUAUUCCAUUUCCUCAGUCUAAUUCGCUCCACAGGAAGUCGUGUGAGGAUUUGUUUCUUCAAAGGCACAAAGCCACAUUCCGUUAUGUGAUCCCUGUAAUGGGUUCUCGUCGACAACAAUUUGCUGUCUUUCACGGUUAAACUCGUGAUUUUUCAGGGUCUGGCUGCUGAUGCUUCUUCAUUUGUCAUGAAUAGACAAGCAUAGAGUUAGAAGGCAUAUCUUGGUACAUGAAUGGUACAUUAUUUUCAACACAUUACAUAGUAGGCAAGAGCAGUGGUUGUUCAAUUCGGUAAUGCCAUAUACCUUGUGUGAAGACUGGUUUUCAUAAAAACUACUUUUGGAGCAACCGAAGAAAAAGACCUGAAAAUAGCAUGAUUUUUGGCUGCUUCAGUCAUUGUCCGUUGAAGUGAACAUAAAAUGAUCAAGCAAGUUGCACCGUUUUUUCACCCUUCAAAUCUAAGAAAUUUUAACCUAAUGGGAUGCACUAGUGGUUUUUAUUGGUUCUUUUUUCUUUUUACUCUAGCUGAGGGCUCAAGCAGAUCAGGGAAGGUGCUGGUCUUAAACCUUGGUGCAGAAUCAACAUUUGUCGUCAAUUGGCCGAUCUUCAGUGCCAGCAUUUUUGUACUUGUUGCUCUUGUUCUCUCCAUGUAUCUUAUCUGUGAGCAUUUAGCUGCGUAUAAUCAACCUGAGGAGCAGAAGUUUUUAAUUGGCCUUAUUCUGAUGGUUCCUGUUUAUGCACUGGAAUCGUUCUUGUCGCUGUUGGAUUCAAGUGCUGCCUUUAACUGUGAAAUAAUCAGGGACUGUUAUGAAGCUUUUGCAUUGUACUGUUUUGAGAGAUACUUGAUUGCCUGCUUAGGUGGGGAAGAGAAUACAAUUGAGUUUAUGGAAAGUCACAACUUAACAGAUUCCAAAUUGCCUCUCUUAAAUGAAGCUUAUGCUUAUGGAGUUGUGGAACAUCCAUUUCCACUUAAUUGUUUUAUAAGAGAUUGGCUUCUUGGUCCUGACUUCUAUAAUGCUGUGAAAAUUGGCAUUGUUCAAUAUAUGAUACUAAAGAUGAUAUGUGCCCUCCUAGCCAUGAUCCUGCAGACUUUUGGAGUCUAUGGAGAAGGGAAAUUCGAGUGGAAAUAUGGCUACCCAUACUUGGCGGUUGUUCUUAAUUUUAGUCAGACUUGGGCCCUAUAUUGUCUCGUACAGUUCUAUUCUGUCACGAAAGAUAGACUAGAACCCAUUAAACCAUUGGCGAAGUUUCUAACUUUCAAGUCAAUUGUCUUCUUGACUUGGUGGCAAGGUGUUGCUGUUGCUUUUCUUUUCUCUAUGGGAGCCUUUAGAGGGGCUCUGGCGCAAGAGCUGAAAACUCGAAUUCAAGAUUACAUCAUAUGCAUAGAGAUGGGUGUCGCUGCUGUGGUUCACCUAUACGUCUUUCCAGCGAUACCCUACAAACGUGGAGAAAGAUGUGUUCGUAAUGUAGCAGUCAUGGCUGACUAUGCAGCAUUGGGGUCACCUCCUGAUCCAGAAGAGGUUCAUGACUGUGAAAAAUCAACUAAAGUACGUUUGGCUCGUCAUGAUGAGAGAGAAAAGCGCUUGAAUUUUCCUCAGAGUGUUCGUGAUGUGGUACUUGGAAGUGGUGAAAUAAUUGUUGAUGACAUGAAGUAUACAGUUUCACAUGUUGUACAACCAGUGGAAAAGGGAAUUGCAAAAAUAAACAGAACUUUUCAUGAGAUAUCUGAAAACGUUAAACGUCACCAGGAACAAAGGAGAAACUCCAAGGAUGACACUUAUAUUGUCCCUCUGAAUUCAUGGAACAGAGAAUUUUCCGAAGUUCACGAUACCCUUGUCGAAGGGAGUGUUAGCGACAGUGGUUUGUCGAGCGGUAAGAAACAGAACCAAUCUAAAGCUUCAACUUCUCGUGGCAGACAGCAAGAUAACCGAUGAUGCUAGAGUAGUCGAUUUAAGUAGUAAGAACUUAAGCAAAAUCUAAAAGGUUUCAAGAGUUGGUUGACGUUAUUUUUAUGCAACGUCUACUAACUCAGUGAGCACAUAUAAAAUUCAAGUGUGAAUCUAGUAUGAAAAGAUGGAUUCUGGAGCUAACUCAUUGAAGAGAAAUCUCACACAGGCAAACAAAUAAGAGGUAUCUCUAACCUAAACACUGGCUUUAGUGUUCAUGUAUAGUUGAAAAUGAUGGAUCAACAGCUUGAAUAGUUGUUCUUAUCUGAUGGAGCAAGUAAGCAUUUUCAAGCCUUUUUAACCAUACGAGUUUUUUCUGAUCUUGUAAAGCUGUGCUUUCAUAUGUGAGUAAGUAUGAACAUUUUAACUGUGAUAUUAUUCAGCUCAAGCCUCUGGUACAUAAAAGCUACUACAUUGUUAAAA